AUGGAUACGGACGUCGAGUUCUCCGACGCGAGCAGCGACGACGACUGCAGCGAAAGUGACGGCGAUAGCCUCAGCGACGACGAGGUCGUUGUCCCGUACGCCGUCCUGACCGAACAAGAGAUCGGCCAGCGCCUCAGCCAGGAAGUGGCCGCCACGGCCGAGCUAUUCUCCGUACCGGCGGACUGGGCCUUGGCCCUCCUCGGCCACUACCGGUGGAACCCUCUCCGGCUGCAGGACGAGUGGUUCGCCGAUCAGGACCGCGUCCGCGACGCCGUCGGCCUUGGCGACGCCGCCGUGGGAUCCGUCCCCGGCGCCGGCGGCGAGGAGCUCAUGACGUGCGCCGUAUGCACGGAGGGCAAGCCCGUGGAGGAGAUGGCCUCCGCGGGGUGCGCGCACUACUACUGCCACGACUGCUGGCGCGGCUACGUCGCCGCCGCGCUGGACGACGGCGCACGCUGCCUCGUGUUGCGGUGCCCCGACGCGUCGUGCUCCCGCGCGGUGCUCCGCGGGAUGGCGGAGCGGUUCGCCACGGGCGCCGGCAGGGACGCGUACGCCCGGGCGCUGGCGCGCGCGUACGUCGAGGCGCGGCACCUGUGGUUCAAGCCGUGCACGGCGCCAGGCUGCGGCUGCGCCAUCGAGAUCUCCCGGAGCGGCGGGGACGGCGACCUCGCGUGCCGGUGCGGCAACGCCUUCUGCUGGCGGUGCGGCGGCUCGCCGCACUGGCCGGCGAGCUGCGCGGCCGUGGCGCGGUGGGCGCGGGAGGCGGACGAGGCGAGCGCCGACUGGAUCCUGCUGAACACGAAGACGGCCGUCAGCCGCAUGGGCGAGCACGACAUGUGCGGCAAGGACGAGGAGUGGACGGCGACGGGGGAGGAGGUGCGCGCCGAGCAGGCACUGGACCGGUUCCUGUACUACCAGGACCUGUGGAUGGCGUACCUGCGCCGGCGGCGCGACGCCGAGCGCGAGCUGCGCCGGCUGCGCGACGAGAGGCUGCCGCGCGCGGGUGGGCCGGCGGUGAGGGGGUACCUUGAGGCCGUGGCGGCGGCGUGGGAGCAGGUGGCGGAGGGGCGGCGGGUGCUGGGCAACGCGUGCGCGCACGGGCAGAGCCUGCGGGCGGCGGCGGACCCCGCGGCGCGGGAGCUGUUCGAGUACCAGCGCGGCGAGGCCGACGAGGCGCUGGAGCGGCUGAGGCUCCGCGCCAUCAAGUGGCCGCAGCAGGAGGACUUGGUGGGGUUCGGUGCUGAGCUCGCCAAGCUGACAGGAGUGACGAGGCAGUGCAUCGAGAACUUCGCCAAGGCGGUGGAGGAGGGGACGCCGGAGCUGUGCGCGCCGGUGUCGUGCGGUGAGAGUGGCUCAGGGUGA